UUUUCUACACCUAUCGAUGGGAUGGGAAGACUUUUUUAUUUAAAGUAGCGCAUGCGCUCGAUGCGCCGGAAGCCCGUGAAUAAGACUCCGGGCAGCCCCGCGCGUGGCCCUUUUUGCCUGAGCAAGCAGGGAGGGUGGUGGUGGAGAGCCUCCAUAAUGACUGACUGGGAGACAGCCCCUGCUGUGGCAGAGACCCCUGAUAUCAAGCUCUUUGGGAAAUGGAGCACAGAUGACGUGCAGAUCAGUGACAUCUCCUUACAGGAUUACAUUGCUGUGAAGGAGAAAUAUGCUAAGUAUUUGCCUCACAGUGCUGGGCGUUAUGCUGCCAAGCGCUUCCGCAAAGCCCAGUGCCCCAUUGUGGAGCGCCUCACCAACUCCAUGAUGAUGCAUGGGCGCAACAAUGGCAAGAAACUCAUGACUGUGCGCAUCAUCAAGCAUGCCUUCGAGAUCAUCCAUCUGCUCACAGGAGAGAACCCCCUGCAAGUCCUGGUGAAUGCCAUCAUCAACAGUGGCCCACGUGAAGACUCUACUCGUAUUGGCCGAGCUGGCACAGUAAGGAGACAAGCUGUUGAUGUGUCCCCACUGCGUCGUGUUAACCAGGCUAUCUGGCUGCUCUGCACUGGGGCACGUGAAGCUGCCUUCCGCAACAUCAAGACCAUCGCUGAAUGUCUAGCAGAUGAGCUGAUUAACGCAGCCAAGGGUUCUUCCAACUCAUAUGCCAUCAAGAAGAAGGACGAGCUGGAGCGUGUGGCCAAGUCCAACCGUUAAAACUGUUGCUGGAGGUCCAAAGCAAAUAAACUCUAGUUUUCAUACUGUU